UCUAUAUAAUCUUGUCUAGUUGCAAUCGUCUCGAGAGAACAAAAAACAAAAAUGUCAAACAAAGUUGAGACUGUCGCUGCCAAACAAAUCCCCAGUGGAAUGAAAUUCGUUCUAGGUGGAUUAGCUGGAAUGGGGGCAACUUGCAUAGUUCAACCUCUUGACCUUGUCAAGACGAGAAUGCAAAUCUCGGGUGUUGGUGGCGCUGCCAAAGAAUACAAAAAUUCAUUUCAUUGUCUGACAACGGUCAUUAGCAAGGAAGGUCCUUUGGCCAUUUACAGAGGCAUUGGAGCUGCUCUCUUGAGACAAGCUACCUACACAACCGGCCGACUCGGUGUGUACACCUAUUUGAAUGAUUUACACAAGCAAAAGUUCCCUGGAGAACCUUCUCUCCUAUCUCGAAUGGCUAUGGGAGUGAUUGCUGGCGCCUGUGGUGCCUUCAUCGGCACACCAGCCGAAGUGGCAUUAAUCCGUAUGACAGCCGAUGGUCGAUUGCCAUUGGAACAACGUCGAAACUAUACAAACGUUGCCAAUGCUUUGACAAGAAUUAUCCGUGAAGAAGGAGUGGCAACUCUAUGGCGCGGAUGUGUGCCAACUAUUGGCAGAGCUAUGGUCGUUAAUAUGGCUCAGUUAGCUUCAUAUUCCCAGGCUAAGAGUAUCUUUAUUAAGAACUUUGAAAUGAAGGAAGGCCUUCAGUUGCAUUUCGUGGCAGCAAUGCUUUCAGGAUUGAUUACCACAAUAGCAUCGAUGCCUGUGGACAUUGCAAAGACUAGAAUUCAAAAUAUGAAAUAUAUCGAUGGAAAACCUGAAUACAAAGGAGCAGUUGAUGUUUUGGGAAAAAUAGCCCGCCAAGAAGGUAUUCUUGCCUUGUGGAAGGGUUUCACACCAUAUUACUGUCGUUUGGGACCACACACAGUUUUGACAUUUAUAUUUUUGGAAAAUCUAAAUCAAGCUUAUUUCAAAUAUGUUCUUGGAACAAGUGGAGGAUCGGGGCUGUAAUUGGGAUAACGUGCAAUUUAAAAAAAACAACCUAGUUAGGUUAGUCGCACAGAAGCGGAGACGACAAUAAUAUUGCAUUUAGCUGAUUGAGUAUAAUUCCAAAUAAGACGAAUAAGAGAGUCAUAGAGUAGAAUAAAAAAUAUAUAAAAAACACAACCUCGUUUUGUUUCCCGGCCGAAUUUUAUUGAGAUUUUCUAGAAGAAACAAAAUCAUAAAAAAAGUGUCUUCGUGAAUUUUAUCGAAAUAUAUAUACGAACUUGUUAUGUUAUUUUAAAUAAA